AGGCCCGUGGGGACCCUCCCGCCGAACCGGCCCCGCCCGGCCCAGGAAUGGUUUCUAACUGGACCAAAAUUCCACCACCACUUUUCAAAAAAGUUGUCAUUGUGCUGAUAGAUGCUUUGAGAGAUGACUUCGUGUUUGGAUCCAAAGGUAAACAGUUUAUGCCGUAUACUACACAAGUUGUUGAAAAAGGGACAUCCUACAGUUUCAUUGCUGAAGCAAAACCACCCACUGUGACUAUGCCUCGAAUUAAGGCUUUGAUGACGGGUAGCAUACCUGGUUUCAUUGAUGUUAUCGUGAACCUCAAUUCUCCAGCUCUGUUGGAUGACAAUCUAAUAUGGCAGGCAAAAACAGCUGGGAAAAGAAUAAUCUUUUAUGGUGAUGAUACUUGGGUUAAAUUGUUUCCAAAGCAUUUUGUGGAAUAUGAUGGAACAACAUCGUUUUUUGUGUCAGACUUUACAGAGGUUGAUGAUAAUGUUACCAGGCAUUUGGAUAAGGUGUUAAAGAGAGAAGACUGGGAUCUCCUAAUACUACAUUAUCUGGGAUUGGACCAUAUUGGACAUAUGACUGGGCCAAACAGCCCAUUAGUGGGACCAAAACUUCGUGAAAUGGAUAACAUCCUGAAGAAGAUUCAUAUUUCUCUUCUUUCAAAGGAAGAAGCUUCUCUGCCCAAUUUGCUAGUUGUUUGUGGGGAUCAUGGGAUGUCUGAAACAGGUAGUCAUGGUGGUUCUUCAGAAGGAGAAGUGCACACACCACUGCUGUUUAUCAGCUCUGCUUUUGAAAAGAGAAGUGGUCCUGUAACCCAACCUGAACUUGUCCAACAAACUGAUUUAGCUAGCACACUGGCAGUAGGUCUUGGUCUACCAAUUUCAAGAAACAGUGUUGGGAACCUUAUAUUGCCAGUUGUGGGAGGCAAGACAAUGAGAGAACAACUACGUUUUGUGCACUUGAAUGGGUUCCAGCUUAGCAGACUGCUGCAAGAGAAUACACCUGCGUAUGAAAAAGAUCCUGGAUAUGAACAUUUUAAGAUAGCAGAAAAGUCCCAUGGUAAUUGGAUCAAACUGUAUUUAGAGGGGAAUAAUUCAGAAAUACUCUUAAAUCUUGGCAAAAAGGUGCUGAAGCAAUAUUUGGAGGCCCUGAAGACUCUGAGUUCUUCACUAAGCAAACAAGUGGCACAAUAUGAUGUGUAUUCGAUGAUGGUGGGGACUGUGAUCAUUAUGGAGGAAUAAAGAUAAGAUAUCCCACGUCUGGAAUUUUAAGUGGUUCUCUGCAAUUGAUAUUUUG